UUAAAUUUUUAACGUUUAAUUUUUAAAACAACAAUGGAGGAAUCUCCGGCCACCGGCGCCGCCGCGAGAAGGCUUCUCCUGAUCGCCAACUGCCUCAUUCUCACCGUCGGAUGCUGCGGCGGCCCGCUGAUAAAGCGCCUCUACUUCGUCGGCGGCGGCCGCCGCAUCUGGUUCUCCAGCUGGCUGGAGAGCGGCGGCUUUCCGGCGAUCCUCAUCCCGCUCAUCGUCAACUACACGCGCCGCCGCUAUUCCUCCGGCGGCGCGGCCAAACUCGUCCUGAUGAAACCGCGCGUGUUCCUCGCCGCGACGGCGGUCGGAAUUCUGACCGGCGUCGACGACUACCUGUACGCCUACGGCGUCGCGAAGCUCCCCGUGUCGACGUCGUCGCUGAUUCUGGCGACGCAGAUGGCGUUCACGGCGGCGUUCGCGUUUCUGAUCGUGAAGCAGAAGCUGACGGCGUACUCGAUGAACUCCGUGGUGGUGCUGAUGGUGGGGGCGGUGGUGCUCGGGAUCCACUCCGGCGGCGACAGGCCGGCCGGCGAGUCGAAGACGGAAUAUUUUAUCGGUUUUCUGAUGACGGUGGCGGCGGCGGUUCUGUACGGAUUCAUACUUCCGGUGGUGGAGCUGAUGUACAGAAAGGCGAAGCAGAGCGUGACGUACACGCUCGUGAUGGAGAUUCAGCUCGUCAUGUGCUUCUUCGCCACUCUUUUCUGCACUUUCGGAAUGAUCGUCAAUGGUGAUUUUCAGGCGAUAGGGAAGGAGGCAAAGGAAUUCGAAAUGGGGGAGACAAAAUACUAUCUGGUGGCUGUCGGAAACUGCCUUCUCUGGCAGUGCUUCUUCCUGGGCGUCAAUGGCGUCAUCUUCUACUCCUCCUCCCUUCUCUCCGGCAUCAUCAUGUCGGCGCUGCUGCCGGCGACGGAGAUUCUCGCAGUCGUCUUCUUCCACGAGAGAUUCCAGCCUGAGAAGGGGAUCUCUCUCUUCCUCUCCCUCUGGGGAUUCAUUUCCUACUUCUAUGGAGAGUUCAGAUCUGAAGCCAAAAAGAAACAGCACCUCAUUAAAACCUGCACUAACUGUAAGAACAUUGACGAUGACGAUGACGACAUCAAUGUCAAUCAUCAGACUGAAGAGAUUGUGCUUUCGGAUCUUCCCAUGACUGACCAUGAAGCUCCUUGAUGAGUUUGUCUGCGUUUUCGUCUUUUGAGGUCCUGGGACCUCAGGUCCGGUCGCGGUUUGACGGUGACUGUGUGCUUGUGUGGGUGUGGAGGUCCUGGGACCUUGCGUGAAAGGAGUGUUGUUUGAGUUUGCAGUGUUAUGGUAUUGUAUAAUUAAUUAUUGGGAAUAAAAAUGACUAUUGGGUGUGUUUUGA